GUUAGCGUAAGACCUAAGCGAGUCCCAUGAAGUUGCCAGAUAGAGAACACGAAUCAUGUAACAAAUGCAUAAGUCUUCCUCCAGCUAAGAAGGCAUGGAAAAGCUUUACUUCCAAACUUCAAACCAGACUACAUAAACUUCACAAAUCCAAAGCUAUCAAAAAACCCAAGAAUAAUCGGCUGCAAACAGCUGCUUCGAAAACUACUAGGCCUUCACUUUUCUUGGGGCAACGCCUUCAACGCAACAGGCGACGUCGUGGUCUUCCCUUCUACGUCUCCAAAAAUAAAGCUGCGCCAGUUUACAUAGAUAAGCUCUUUAAAGAGGCUCCUAUCACUGAACUGGUGGGGUACUAUAAUCCUCAGCAACCAUCAGAGAAGAGUGAUACUGUUGAAAGGGAAAAGAAUGUGAAGUUCAUUGAUCAAGCUGCAGCUGCUGGUGCAGAGGCAGGAACAAGCAAGGAUGGAGAAAAGCAGGGAGAUGAAAAAUCUAGCGUGGGAGAUGAUAUGUGGGAAUCGAUAGGACUGGCGUCGCCUAUACUGCAUGGAAUAGAUGCAAGAGCAGAGGAAUUUAUUGCAAGUUUCCGAGCUGAAAUGGAGCGUCAGGAAAUUAUGGCACGUAGCGCUUAUUAGUUAGUUCUUACUUUUCUUUUCGGUGUCUUCACGGUUAGUGAUACGAAUCUUAUCAAACAUCCAAUGAAAAAUAUAUAUCCAAAUGAAAAUGAAAGUGGAUAUGAGAUUACGAGUAC